AAAAAAAAUGUCUAUGAAUGAAGUAUGAUGUUGCUUGGCAGUUGCUUGCUUUUGCUAGAUAGACAGUGAUUCUUAUUCCUCUUUAAAAAAUGGCGACUCGGGGCGGUUCAUCUAGACGGGCCCCUGAAAGUGAGGCUGCUAUAACUUAUGUUCAGUGUGAUGGAUUGGCUGUAAUGAAAAUAGUGAAACACUGUCAUGAGGAAUCAUGCAGCAAUAUGGAAGUGGCCCAAGGGGCUUUGCUUGGUCUGGUUGUUGAAAACCGUUUGGAGAUUACGAACUGUUUCCCAUUUCCCAAACAUGAUGAUACCAUGGAUGAAGAGGAAUACCAGCUGGAUAUGAUGAGAAGACUCAGAAGAGUGAAUGUUGAUCACUUCCAUGUUGGAUGGUAUCAAAGUGCAGAUGUAGGUAACUUCUUGAGUCAAUCACUGUUGGAGUCACAAUACCAUUACCAGACCUCUAUUGAAGAGAGUGUUGUGGUUAUUUAUGAUACAAAGAAGUCUGCCAGAGGAUUCUUAACACUGAAAGCUUAUCGUCUUACACCACAGGCUAUAGCUAUGUAUAAAGAAGAGGAUUACACACCAGAAGCUUUACGUAACCUUAAGAUUGGUUAUGAGAAUCUAUUUAUAGAAGUGCCAAUUGUGAUACGGAACUCUCCUCUUACCAACAUAAUGAUGUCAGAGCUGUCAGAGAUGAUACCAGAGGAAGAGGGCUCCAAAUUUUUGGAUCUUGGAACUGCAUCAGUUCUUGAAGGCCAGCUUCGUAGCUUAAUGGAUCGUGUUGAUGAGUUGAAUCAGGAAGCCAUCAAAUUCAACCGCUACCAACAGUUGGUUGUCCGUCAGCAGCAAGACAAACAUAGGUGGUUGCUGAAGAGGGCUCAGGAGAAUGCUGCCAGGGCUGCCAAGGAUGAACCUCCACUACCUGAUGAUGAUGUGAACAAGCUUUUCAAGCCGCACCCUGUGCCCCCGAGGCUCACGCCUAUGAUUGUAGCUGGCCAAAUCAACACAUACAGCCAACAUAUCAGUCACUUUUGCUCACAAAGUCUCGCAAAGUUGUAUUUGACCCAAGCUCUACAAAACGCUAAGGAGUCGAAGCAGAACAACUAAUUGUGAUGGAUAUAAUUUGUAUUAAAUGAGAUACUAAACUGAA